UUUACUUAUUCGCUAAUAAAUUAGAAGUUUUCACAACAACAACAACAAUUUAAUAGAAGCUAUAAUAAUAUAACAAAAAUGGGAAAAAUCAGCAAGAUUCUGGUAUGUGGGCACGCAGGUGUUGGGAAAACUGCAAUCAUAGAGCAACUAAUGUAUGACAACCACAAAGUUGGAACGCCUAUGCAUUCAACAAUUGAGGAUAUUUAUACAGCAAUGAUAGAGACAGAUAGAGGGGUGAAAGAAAAAGUUAGGAUUUUUGAUACAGGAGGGCUUGAUGGAGCAAAAACAGACAUGCCAAAACACUUUUUUACUUUUCCUGAAGGUUUUGUUCUGGUAUAUGAUGUUACAAACUGGGACUCCUUCCAGAAAUUGGAAAAGAUUAAGAGAGAUAUUGACAAAAACAAGGAUAAAAAAGAAGUUCAUAUAAUAGCCAUUGGCAACAAUAAAAGUGAAAACCAAGAAGAUAGACAAGUAGAUUUUAACACUGCUCAGACCUGGGCCACAAGAGAAAAAGUGAGGUUAUGGGAAGCCAAUGUACCAAAUAGACAAUCUCUGGUUGAACCAUUUGUAUGGUUGACAUCUAGAAUAACACAACCACAGAGUAAAUCAGGAUUCUUGCCUAGCAGAAAAGCAAAGGGAACCAGUAGUAAUACUAAUAUGGAUGGAUAAUGUAGAAUUAGAAACUUGAUAUAGGGUACCAGCUUUAAUGUGUAAACAGGAUUUGAGAACCGGAAGUAUUGCUCAUUCUUGUAUUUAAAGGAUAGAUACAAAUGGAAACAAGAAAUAUGAACAAUGGUGUGACUAGAUACAGGGUACCAUCUUCUUAGAAAUGAAGUUGUGGGACCAGGCAUAUUACUUCCACUAGUAUUUAGUUAUAUAUUUCAAAACAAAGAAAAAAUGAUAAGAAAAAGAGGAAGGACUUUGUGUAUGGACACUUUUAGUGGUAAAGGAAAUAAAAAUACUGGAAACAAAUAAAGCAGUCCUGAACAAACUAAAUGAAAUAAAAAGGGCUUUGAAUAUGUUUGAUAUUUUAUAGUAAUUUGAAGUGAACUUGUAAUCAAGUGGGUUUUUUUCCAGCUAAUGAGGCUAUGAAAAAUUUUGUCACCUUAUUGCAACACUUGUUUUGGCCACUUAACCACUUCUUUUGGCCACACGUUUUAGGCACUUGAAUGCUUGUUUUAGCCACUUGAAUGCAUGUUUUGGCCAAUUGAACACUUGUUUUGGCCACUUAAACCCUUGUUUUGGCCACUUCUACACUUGUUUCAGCCACUUAAAUGCUUAAUUUAUAGGAAGCUGAUAAAAUACACUAUCCACUGAACAACUCAAAGAUAAAUUUAUAGUACCAUACUACAGUGCUAUUUUAUGGGAAUUUCUUUUUCAAACAUCUGUUACAACUUUUCUUACUGCAACCUAGGUGUUAUUUUGAUGAUAAAUCAUGUAAACAUGUCUGGUUUCUCUCCAAAAAGAGUCUGUUUAAAUUAAAUGCAAACUGCAAAAUCAUUAUAAUUCAAUGGACACUAGUUUUUCUGGAAUUUAUGAUUCAAAGAAAUUUCAUGUUGUCUGAGUUUAGGUUAUUUCACAUUACAUUAUUUGCAUUUUACUUUUUGCAAAAACAGACACCCCCC